UAAAAGUGGGAUAUUAAAAGCAAACAAAAGAGAGAGCAAAGGGAGAAAAAGAAAUGGCUCCUUCGUCUUCAUCUUCUCCUUCCAAAUCCCAUGUUCUAUCUCUUCACCAAGCCCUUUACUUCACUCCUAUUCCGGAAUGCGAAGAAGAGGACCUCCACGAAGAAAGAUACAAAAACAGAGCAACACCAAGCAGCAACGGUGGUUCUUCCGCCACUCCAAGCCACCACAAGCACACUCCAACGCCUCUCCACCACACCGGAAAACCCAAAAACAAAAAACAACACAAGGAAGACAACGAAGACCGAGGAGGCUCCGUCUCCUGCAACAACUGUCGGCCCCACCAUUCUCACCGCGAAAAAUUCUCCGUCGCGCCACUCGAAACCCACAACAACCCUUCCUUCAUCACUAGCCCCAACCUCAUAAUCAAAUCGAUCUUUCAAUCCCUCACACGGAGAACCCCCAAGCUCUCUUCCGCAGAAUCAUCUCUUCCACCGCGCUCUUCCUCCUCCUCCUCCUCCGCCGCCGCCGACGCUUCCAGAGAAGAGCAGUGGCGGUCAGCCGUGGCGGAGCUCUCUCAUAAACUAAUACAAACCACGAAGAAGAAAGAAGACGCCGUUACGGAAGCCUCAAGGUUGAAGUCCUCCAUGUCGGAGCUCGAGAAGAAACUCAACAAGCUCGAGAUUUACUGCCACAACCUCAAGUCAGGCCUCGACGAGUGUAGUAGCAACAAGGAAAAACAGAGUGCUCUGUUUAACAACAAUGAAAAACACAGUGCUCUGUUUAACAACAAGAAACAGAGUGCUCUGUUUCAAAAAGAUGGAUUCAACGACAGGAUCAUCCAGCAGUUCCUCGUCUCAGUGUCGGAAUCUCGAACUUCGAUCAGAGCGUUAAGCAGAGCACUCGCGUCGCAGCUAAGAACCGUCGGUGGGAAAGUCUACGAGCGGCUGUCUCUCCUCCUCCAACCUUUCGAUGUAAAGAUCAACUCAAAAAGUCUGAUCCUUUACCUCGAAGCGAUCCUGAGCAGAGCCUUCUUCGAGGACUUCGAAGCUUCCGGGUUUCAGAAGAACGGGUCGACCCGAAUUCUGAACCCGAUCGAUCGCUGCGAGUCCAGCUACGCUUCGUUCAACGUCUUGACGGAGCUCAAGUGGGACGAGGUCUUGAGCAGAGGGACGAAGCAUUUCUCCGAGGAGUUCAGCCAGUUCUGUGACCGGAAAAUGAGCGACGUCGUUUCGAUGCUUUGCUGGAACAGAGCCUGGCCUGAACCCCUUUUACAGGCUUUUUUUGGUGCGUCGAAGAGUGUUUGGUUGGUUCAUCUAUUAGCUAAUUCGGUGAACCCGGGUUUGCAGAUCUUUCGCGUGGAGAAAGACGACCGGUUUGAUCCGGUUUACAUGGAAGGAACUGGUGGGGAUCGGUUUAAGGAUCUGGUUCGAGCAAUGGUUCAACCUGGAUUUUAUGUGUAUGGUAGUGUGGUUAAGUGCAAGGUGGUUUGCAAGCAUUGCAGCAGUGGCGAGAAUGAAGUAGUAGAAGACAGUAUAGUCAAGGAAUGUAAUAAAACCGACAAGAGUUUGAUUAGCAUUUGUAGCCCAUUAGGUGGUUAAUUAAAUCGAUCAAGGAGUUAUAAAUUGUUUUGGUUUUGUUUUGUGAACAUGUAAUUAUAAUCUGGAAUGAUUUUUUGCAAGAAAAUAUUCUAAAA